CAUGGUGGGUUUGUUUUGGAAUUGAUAACUUGGGUAUGAAAGAAGGGAGACAUGUCCUCAGCGUUGUGGAAGUUCUCUCAAAUGAGUGUAAGGAUAGGAUUCUUUCUCCAGUGGAAAGAUGUUUCUUCUUGGUACAAAGUUGGGUUCAACGAGAAGUUGAAACUAUGCAGAGGUAUGGUGACAAGGUUGUGGAAUCAUGAUGUGAGCACAGUGAUCAUGCAUGAUUGUUUUGAAUUUUUUUAGUGUUCAUAGGCAGCAUUCAUGUAGACUGAAUGAGAAAAUAGUUAAAGUGAGCAUAUUUGGAAGAUAUCUAAGUGUCGGAGUUCAGAUCUUAGCAACUAAAUUGACCAUCAGCAAUCAUCAACAAUCAUCUGACUGUUCACACUGGAAAGACUGUGGCUAUGCUGAUUUCCAAUCAUUCUUUUGUUGAUCCAUUGAGACCUGUUAUGUUCGUAAAUUCUUACAUUCACUUUACUACUAAAUCCACUUGCUUAGGGGUUGAAAUCGACUAUAAGCUGAACUGGAAACCCUACGUAAAAGCACUGCACACUAAGUUUGGAGGAAAGCUAAAAUUUUUGAAAAAUUUUAAAGCCCUUCCCUUAAGUGUUUUAGAGGAAAUAUAUUUUAAAGGGAUUGUCCCGAGCAUAACUUACUGCAUCGCUAUUUGGGGAUCCUGCUCACCAUCUACAUUCUGUAUUUUAGAACAUCUGCACCUGAAAGUAGCCAAACUAGUUCACAAACUCCCUACCGAAACUCCUGACACUGACGUUCUCGACCUUGUAAAAUGUAAACCUCUAGUCUAUAUUUACAAGCGUAGGCUUGCUUCUAUAAUGUACCAGAUCUAUCAUAAUAGCUUACCUGAUCAACUCACAGCCCUCUUCGAAACUUGCAACACUAAUACUUAUUAUAAUUUAAGGCGCACAAAUCACUUCUUGCAUGUACGGUACAAUAGCAACAUUGGCAGAAAUAGUGUAAGAUAUAGAGGACCCAUCGUUUGGAAUUUAAUCCCUAGAGCCAUCAAGGACGCUUCCUCCUAUCAACUUUUUAAACAAAAACUUAGACAAGCCUCCAAGAUACUGGACCAACUCCAAUUCGAAAAAGAGGCCUGUCUGAUAACAUCAAAAUGAUCAGAUUUCUAAUAUUUUUAGUUUUUAAAUUUUUAAUUAAUUAAUUUUAUUUAAGAUUUUAUAUAAAUAUAGUUUUUUUUUUUUUUUUUUUUUUUUUUUUAAGUUGUUGGCAGGUCCACACCAGCCUUUAGGUUGCCGCAAACCAACCUGCCUUAACAAAUAGUAUACGUAUGUAUGUAUGUAUGUAUGUAUGUAUGUAUCAGGGUUUGUACAUUGCUGUACUGAAUUAGAGUAAUUGCAAAUGACUUGAAGUAAUAGUCAGAAGCAUGUGUUAAAAAUUGAUUUUCUUCUUGUCUGAGAUAAAGUAUUACUGAAUAGGUAUAUUUCUUCCCGAGUGUGCAUGAUCAUACAAUAUGUAUGAGUGAACAUGAAGUGCUAUUUUACUUUUUGUGGUGAGUGGCGUUUUGAAAACCAGUAAACACUAUUCCAUGAGAUGUGUUAAAGAGUAUGUAAUUCUGUAUUUUCGGAAUCUCUCGGAGCAGCCCCACAAAUUAAGGCCAAAUAAACCAAGAGAUUAAGUUGAGUUCUUUCAAUCAUUCUUUUUAUGUGAGGCAGAAUGCUCCAGGAGACAGCAGUUACAUAGUGGUGUAUUUGUAAGGUACUUCUCUAGUAAAAGAUUUGGACAACUUAGGAAUAUGUAUGAGUGAACAUGAAGUGCUAUUUUACUUUUUGUGGUGAGUGGUGUUUUGAAAACCAGUAAACACUAUUCCAUGAGAUGUGUUAAAGAGUAUGUAAUUCUGUAUUUUCGGAAUCUCUCGGAGCAGCCCCACAAAUUAAGGCCAAAUAAACCAAGAGAUUAAGUUGAGUUCUUUCAAUCAUUCUUUUUAUGUGAGGCAGAAUGCUCCAGGAGACAGCAGUUACAUAGUGGUGUAUUUGUAAGGUACUCCUCUAGUAAAAGAUUUGGACAACUUAGGAGUAUUUCAAGUUAUGAAGGGGGAUCCAGUGGAAGCAAUGAGGGCAAAUCAGAUGAAAGGGAGAAAGAAAAGUCCUCAAGGAAAAAAGCAAUCAAAGGUACACAAAAUUAAAUAAAUGUUUUGAGUGGCUGUACAACUACUAUGAGACUAGAAGAUUAGAUGUAAAAGGUCUUUAAAGACCAUAGUUAGUAGUAUUAAGAAAAUACAUAUUUGGUUAGCAAACAAAUUAUGUAAGAUGAUUGAACUGCAACUAAAUUUUGUAUGUAGUUAUUGUAACUUUCCCAUGGUGUAAGUGAGGUUAGAACUUGGAUUCAUGGUUAUUGUUUGAAAUUUGACUUGAAGAUUGAUUUUUGCAAACCUUGUUAGAUACUUAUUAACUUCCCUUUUGGGAAAAUAGUGAAAAUAGUGUAGUUAACCGUUUUGUAUUUUAUUUUGAUUCUUGAAGGAGAAAGAGCAAAAAGAUUUUUUAAGAUGCAACCAAUUGAUGUCAAUUAUGAUAGAAAAUAUUAUCAAAAUACAUUUAUUUCUGCUACCCGUGCCAUGAGUGAUUACCUUCUUAAACCAAGGUAUGGUACAAAACACAAUGUCUGUUUGGCUUCUUGUUUGAUCAUGAUGCAGUCAAAUUUUAUCUUCUAAUCAGUUAUGAAAUUACUAAGAUUGGGUUCCCAUUGUCUUUUGUCUCCUAACCUUAAUUAUUCAGUGCUAGGACACAAACUUUAAGAAAUGGAGAGGCCACUUGAUGUUCUUUUGUUGUAAUUGGCUUAAAACUGUCAAGUUGCCCAAAAUGAGUUUCUCACUCUGUUAGAGAUUCACUCUGUACAAGGAUAUUUUAUUGAUUAUAUGAUUGCAAUGAAUUCUUUAUGAUCUAUACAAAUGAAAAUAAAUUGAAUUUAAGUUUCAGUGUGGGUAGGAUAUAUUGAUUCCUUCCUUCAGUUAUUAAGAGGGAAUCAAGAAAAAAGCUAGGCAAAGUGCUGUUGUUUCAGCUGUAGUAAAAGAGUGGUGAAUCCUGGCCAAUGAAUGUCCUUUGGUGGUAAUUGGCUUAAAACUGUAAGGAAGCCUGAGAUAGGUGUCUUACUAUGUGGGUGAUGCUCACUGUACAGGGAUAUUUUAUGGAAUUUUUGAUUGUGGGCUAAAUGAAUUCUUAAUCCAGAGAAGUACAAAUAAAAUGAAUUUGAAUUGCAGUGUGGGUAAGGUUUAUCAAUUUUUUUUCCUUCAGUGAUUUAGAGGGAAUCAAGACAACAGCAGUGCGGAGUGCUUAUAGUGAUCCACAACAACCUCCAGAUGUUUGCUAUUUAAAAUCAGAUGUAGAGAAAAGGUAAGUAAUGAACAUUUGUCUGUAAAUUAUGGAGGGAGAGUUUCUUUGCUUAUUAUGGUCUGGUUUUGCCAUGGUUACCUUUUAUUUCUAAGGUAAAGAAUACCUGUUAAUAAGACAGUAGACUUGGUACUCUAGGAGGAAACUAGCUUUGAGGUGUGCUUGUAUAUUCUUGUAAAGAAAAGCAUCAGUUAACUAGUAAAAAAAAAACUAAAAGCAAUAUGAAGGAGUUUAUAUGGGUAUAUAUUAGGCAAUAUUGUUAGGUAAUGUUGAACUGAUCAAUUUCUUUGAACAGCACUUGAUAGAAGAGGAGGAGGCUAUAAAGAAUAGGAAGAGCAAAACCAGAAAAUUGCUAGAAACUUGGGAAAAAAUGAAUUUUCAAAUUUUGGUUUUAUUUUCAGGUGUUUUUUCUUUGUACUUGAUUUUUUUAAGAAAAUGGCUUGGGUUAUUGAGAAUCAUCAAGACCUAUUGCAACAAAACCAAAGAAAUCCCGAACUUGAUUAAUGAGUUUCUCACCAAUAAUAUCAUGCAUUGUACUUAUUGUAACAGCAAAAUUGCAAGGUUAAUUAAAAUCAAAUGUAAGAAUUCAAAUAAUUUUUAUUCUUAUUUAAAAUAUUCAGAGCUUAUGAAGUUUGGGGAAGCCCUGAAGCUCUUUCAAGAGAAAUCUGGAACAGAAAAAAGGUGUAUGAAGAAAGUGAACGUUAUAGGAAAGGUACUUUACAACUACAUGUGGGCUCAUGUACAAUCAAACCAUCAUUAAGGGCCACCUCCUGAGAUGGUCACCUUUCCACAAUGGUAGUGCAUGAUCCAUAAAGUGUGUCCUAGAUGCCAAUUCAAAAUAACCUCUCAACAAAAGUUGGUGGUGAAAUAGAUAGGGGUAUUGUUUUGCACUCUUCCCUUUCUGUAAAGCCUAACUCUCUACCGCUACUCCCCCUCACUUGCUAUUGUCAAGAGAUUCAAGUGUAUAAUAUUUAUUCAAUACUUUCUUUGUAGUGGUAGCAGCAGGAGCAACAUCAGUAAUGUGCAAUUCCUAAGAAAUUUUUACUCAAGUAACCUAUUAUCAACUUUGCUCAUUUUUCCAGGCCUAGGAGAACUAAUAGGACAUCUAAAGAAGUCAAUAAGAGACCAUUCUAAGAAGAAUGAAGAGAACAAGGUCGGUUGAUAGGGCUCCAAACUCAACUUUAUUCAAAGUGGCCAGUUAUGAAUAGUUUUGUUCAUGACUUUUGAACAUGGAAAGUGCAUGAAUACCAUCCCUACAUAAUUGCUUACUGGUAGUUAGCCCUUUCCAGGGGCUCACAAAGUAGCUCACUUUUCUCUUGGAGAAGGUCUUCGAUUGCUUACUCAGUAUGUUUUUAUCACCUUCCGUUUUAUUUUCUAGCACUAUGGUGAAAGGAUACAGAGAAAUAUGUUGUUGAAAGGUUCUGCCAAGGUUGUGACAUAUGCAAUCUGCAGGUACAAAACACCUACACAACUGUAACACUUCUAGCUUAGCUUGGGUUAUCACUCUUGUCCAAUUCCUGGAUUAGAGUGAAACAACAAUUGAUGUGAGACUGUUUUAAUUUUGUAGUUAUAGGAUCACAUAUGGUUGUCCUGUUUUUCUGUUUCUUAGAUUUAGACCAGAAUUACCAUAAUUAAAGAUGGUCUAGUAUCCCCACUUGUUCAAAAUGCAUCCCACUUAAGCUGGAAAAGUUAUGCUCUAGAAUAAUCAACUUUUGAAUACACUCAUUAUUGUAACUCUAACUCAACAUCCUUCAAAGGAAAACUCUUGUCAUAACCCCUCACAGUAAAUUUUAGACUAUUUUUUUUUACUGUUACAAGGAAAGGAAAGUGCUUCUAGUGUAAAUGAUAUGUUCUGUUGAUGGGCCAAGUUUGCAUAUGGUGCAUAGUGCUAAAGGACAACUUAUUAUUAUUAAGUACAUUAUUUAUUACAAUGGACAGAUCAGUAUUGUCUGUUGAUGUUUUUAAUAGCAACCUAGCAGUGAUGCUGUUUAAGUUUGGUGCUUAUCUGUACAGUGGAUCAGCAACAAUGUUAUCAGAAUCUAUACAUUCAUUAGCAGACAUGUUGAACCAGGUAUGGUAUGAUUGAAUUUAUUUACAUCUAGCUAGGAAAGGCAAUCCAUGUAAAGAUACUCUGAAGAUGGCUCAUAUAAUUCCGAAACAAGUAUAAAUUUUCAAACAAAAACUAAAUAGUUAUUCAUGAAAAAAAUGAUAUGAUAAUGCAUUAAAUUUGUUCUUGUCUUGGCAAGAACAAAUUUAAUGCAUGUAAAAGUUUUCUUGGUAUUAGAUAUUUUUGAUAUUAGUUCACAGUGGAAGCUGUUAAAAUGGCUACAGUGGAUGUAUUGAAUUUUGCAGCCUAUGUUUCCAUUUCAAGUUUUCUUGCUUCUUCUUCUGCCUCUUUGCCACAAAAAGAACUCUCAAAAUUACUUGUCACUCUCAUUGAGUGUGUGCUUCUUUGCCCAAAGUUGAAAUAGGAAAUGAAAUUUUUUUGUUUUUUAGCUAACAAUUUUAUUGGUCUUCUAACCAUUGCUCUUAGGCAAAUACAACCUGAUAUUUAUGAGGAAAUUUUGAAUGUUACAAGUUAUUGUAAUGAGGCUUUUUCAGUGAGUGAGCUUUUUUGUUUUGUUUUAUCAAUUGAAAGUGUCUGUUAGCUGUUGGAAUCAUGCAGUCAAUCAAGAAACCUUCUCCAGAUCAUCCGUAAGUAUAAGCACUUCCCUGUAAACACAAGUCUGAUCAUGGUUUAACUUAUGCUUUUUGUGAUAUACCUUAUCAGAUGAUUAUACAUUCUUGAAGCAGUUAGUGGGGGUAAAUACAUUAUUAAUAGUGAACAGCAGAUAGACAUAUUUCCAUAAGAACGUCUCAAGCCAUAUUUUCCUGCCAGUUUUCAAAAUUGUUUUAGGCAAGCUUUGUGGACCUAAUUCUUUACGUCAGCAGAAUUAAUGUAACCAAGUUUUGGAGAAAAGAAUGUAUGAAAGUGAAAUUAACAGACCCUGAAAUGUUUUAACUUUUUAACCUUAAAGAAUGUGGUUACCAUCAUAAAGGGUAAGAUUUAGGUUGGCCUUGCAUUUUGGUUACUAGUCAGACACUGACUUCAUCUGGCACCUGACGAAGAGUUUGAAAACCAAAGAUGAUUUUUACAUUAGUUGCUACUUGUCUGUGUAUAUGCCAUGCAAUGUAUGGUUGAGUGUACUUUUUCCAACAUAUGUUUAGGUUAAUAAAACUAUCUUUCAGAUAUGGCUGGUCAAGAGCUCGUUACGUGUAUUCUCUUAUUAGUGGUGUUGGGAUUUUUUUCCUUGGAGCUGGUGUAACAAUGUAUCAUGGUGUGUCAGGCCUGAUGAAUCCAUCUCCAUUAGAGAAUCUUACAAUGGUCAGUUGUGAUAAAUAAACAUUGACAAUAUCUAGCUAUAAAGUUUUCAGAUCAAUGUCAGCAUCUGAGCAAAUGUGCACAUUCUGGUACCCCUCCCCUAACCCAACACCAGACCACUGAUAACAAGUUAAAGUUAAUGUUUGGUUAGGGGUAGAAGUUGCCUAGAUACUGACAUUGAUCCAAAUUUUUUGUAAAGUUAACUGUGUGACACUUUUCAACUUAUAAGCUUCUAGCUUCUAUUGGGUUUCCUCACUACAUUUAUUAUUUAGUUGUUGAAAAAUUUAUAAAUAAAUGUAAUGUUGCAAUCCUCUAGUAAUUGUAGAAAAUUGUUUGUUUGUAAAUAGUCUCCCUCACAGCCAUUUUUGGAUAGCAUGCAAAAAAAUGGCUGUGAGGGAGACAAGUAAAUUAUAGGUUUUUUUUAAACAAUAAAAUAAAUGUAUUGUAGUUGUUACAGCAAAUGGGGUCAUUAAAAAUGCACUAUAAGUGAAGAUCAAACAAAACUCGAACUUUUUGAUAGACCAGCAUUAAAAGACAACUUUUAGUUAGUGAUUGGUCUAAUUUCAAUGGCUGGGUUGCCAAGGGAUACUAAGUUUUGUACCAAUGGUAUGAUUAAUUCCAAAUUCCCAUUAUUACCCAAUAAUUGUGAUUAGCUAAAUUAAUGAUGGUAUACUGUGGUUGUGUCAUGCCACAACAGAAGGCAAAAAAAUUUCAAAAGCUUUAAGUUGUGUUUGAAACAUAAUUAUUUCCAGCAUUUCCAAUACACAUGAAAUUAAAGUGCAUAGUCUCAGGAGGAUAUCCAGCCUACCAGAUGACUUUUGUUUUAUAACAAGAGGUUACUUUUGCAUGUUUUAUCAUUCAGGCCUAUACUAUUCUUGCUGGAUCAUUUCUAGUGGAAGGAGGUUGGUUGUGUACAGUCAUUCUUGUCUUCUUUGUUUGUUAAUAGUUGAUCUAUCUUCAUAGUACAUUGUUUGGAAAUUGUUGAAACCAUAAUGAUUGUAAUUAAUUGAUGCUUUCAUAAUUGAUCUAUUAAUAGUUAGUUCUUAAUUAUUGGUUUGUUUUAAUAAGGAAAUGCUUGUUUCUCUGAUUGGUUAUUGAAAGUCCUCGAGAACUGUCUGAUUUAAAGCAGCUUGUAAUUGGACACACCAAACUGGACAAACUGACAGCUAAUGAACAUUAAACAGCAAGUGUUCUAAGCUUGUAAAAUUUAGAUACCUACUGGUAAUCCUUGAAAACUAUUAAUUAUGAAAGAACCAUGUGUGGGAAGGGUGCCAAGAUGUAAACUGAAAUUAACUAGUCAGCCACCUUUAGCAUGAGACAUCAUGUUUAAUGCUAUUGAUUUAGAAAGUAAUUAAAACAAAAAAGGGAAAACAAAUAAAUGAGAUUGCUUACUGAAACAAAUCCAACUGACUACAGACGGUGCAAGAACUUUGUCACUAAAUGUCACUUCUUAUACUGUGUAAAAACCCAUAUCAUUUUAUUGUGUGAGUGGUAUGAACAAUUAUAAACAAAAAUAUUGACACUUGACUGUUUUUCUGCAUCCUUAGCAACUUUGUUGCUGGCCAUAGGGCAGGUGCGGAAAAGUGCUCGGGAAAGUGGCAUGUCGUUCAAAGAAUAUGGUAAUAAGAUGGUAUGAUAAUUAGCGCACAGUGUCAUACAGCACCUGACUGAGUGUGACAGAAGACAAUGAAAUUGACAUGGAUAUUAAUUUUUUUUUAAAUUCCUUGAGUGUUUUAAUAGGGGGUUUUACCAUUGACAACUUGAGUGGAAGUCUUCAGUUUAGCUGAGUAGCAAAUUUAUGUCAGUCCAAGAGUGUUAUCAGUAAAAAUGAAUUGGUCAGUUUGGCAAUGGUGAAUAGCACCACUUCAAACUCUGUUAAGUUUUAUAUCAUCUCAUUGGACCAAGUGCUUCCUUUACUUGUAACCAGUCUGUCUAUCAAAUGCAAGCAUAUUUUUCAACUGCACUCUGUCUACUGUUGCUGUACUUGUAGUGAUGCGUGGUAGAGAUCCCAGUGCAGUGACAGUCCUACUUGAGGAUGGUGCUGCUGUAGCUGGAGUUAUGUUGGCUACAUGCUGCCUUGGUCUUACCUCUUACACUGGAAGCCCUGUAUUUGAUGCUUUGGGUUCAGUGAUGAUUGGAGGUACUGUAUGAGACGACUUUUUGUAAAAAGCCAACUUUAAACUCACACAUACUUCUUGAUAUUCAAAUUUACCUUCUUUUUCCAAUUUACCUCUACAUGAGAGAAGACAAAGAUAACCAACCUGCUCUGGGUAAUAAAGUAACAAAUGAACAAGACUGACAUGUUGUCUUAAUGGAUGCUUGAUAACAAUUAAGGAAUUUGAUCUCAUAAUUAUUUGUUUAAUAGAAGAAGUAAGAUUUUUAUUUAGUGAGAAGAAAUUUGAAUAUCAAAUGCUGAAUAGGAAAAAUCUAAAAUUUAUUUGAAUCAGAGACCGUGACAUUAUCUGUAGUCAUUCAUUUUUUUGUGCAAAUCACACCUUUGCUUGUUAAUCUGUUACUUUUUAGGGCUUCUUGGUUCAUUUGCAGUGUUCCUUAUUGGUAGAAAUGCUGACUUCCUGAUUGGAAGGUACUGCAUUUACUUUUGGAUCUAUGCUUGAAAUUUUUCCACUUUUUCCGACUUUUUAUUGUUAUUUAUGGGGUGGUUUCUUUCCUUUUCAACCUCAUAAACAUGAUUUUUUGUCUUUUCUUGAGUGUACUUUCUUGGGCUGUAAGCCAAAAAGGUUUGACCCCCUUCUCUCUGAAUCCCCAAGUUAUUCUGCACAGAUAGUCCACACAAAUAGACACACUUUCCUUAAUAAUAAUGUAAAUGAAAAAAUUACGCGCGUCUGAUUCGCUGAAAAAAGCGUACAUUUUUCAUUUAACACGAGAGCAAAUUUCCAAAUAGCGCGUGCGCUGCCAAAAUUUCAUCCGUCUUGAAUUUCUGUGAUGCGUUUCUCAUGUAAAUUAUUAACAAGUAACAACAUGAUUUUUCGUGCAGUUUGUUGUAAAUAAGCACUUAUAAAGUUUUCAAAGACGACAAAUCGCAUAAGUUGCACUCGAAAUCAUUCAAAUUUGAGUGUUAUAUUAUUCUGCUUUCUUUGUUAUCGCACUCUCUUACUUAGUCACCUUCUUUUUUUUUCUUUUUUUUUUUUUUUUUUUUUAAUAAAAGUUACCUCACUUUCUUUUCAGAUCUAUUCCAGUUAACAGAAUCCAGCAAAUCAUUGAAGUAUUAGAAAGUGAUAUUGUGGUCAGGUUGGUAAAUGAUAUGAAGCAAAACUGUAUAGCCCGUUUGUUUUUGUCAUCAAGAACAAAAGGUGUUACAAGACUAAUUAUAACAUGGCUAAUAAAUUUGUCUCAUCAAAUUCAAUUGCGCGAGCGUGCUUCAUAUUCCUAUUGAGCACGCUCAUGACGUCAGCAAACGUAUCCCUCGAGAAAAAAAUUUUCCAUCGGGUUGAAAAUGUUAUAAAACAAUUGGUUCAUACGUCAGCUGUGCGUUCAUCGAGAUAUGAAGCACUUGGGAAGUUUAGAGAGCACUCAAGAAGCUAGAGUUGCUCGAGGCCACGCAUCUUUCGUGCUCUCCAAACUUCCCGCGUGCUUCAUAUCUCGAUGAACGCACGCUGACGUAUGAACCAAUUGUUAAAUGUACUGCGCUGUUGAAGCAAAUUGAUUGCGUGAAAAACAUUCUGUUUUCAAACCCAAGUGGUUACUUUUGAACGGAGCCCUGUUAAAAGAAGCCUUUUAACGCCUUGAUUACGUUUGGAUUUCCUUUAGGUCGAUACAUGACGUGAAAGCUACUGAGAUGGGUAAGUUUCCUGCUGUGGUGAAGUGCUUUUUGAAGAGAAAAAGAAAAAACAUUAUUUAAUCACUUUGAACCUUCACUUUCCAGGAGCAGAUGUAGUUCGUUUCAAGGCUGAGGUAAAUUUUGAUGGACGAGAAAUUACUCGCUGUCAUCUCAACAGAGUUGAUAUGGAACUGUUAUUAGAGGUAAGCGUGGAGCACAAUGAGUGUCUACCUGCAUAGGAACGUUUAUUCUUAGAAAUUCUGUUGGACAAUGAGGAAAGAUUUCCUCGUACACUAUAAAACUCAACCAAGUUAUAGCCGCACCGUGGCACAGGUAACGCAAAACAAAAGAGUAAUCCUCUUGCCGAUAGACAGAAAGAAAAAUGUUCCCACCCCAAAUCUCAUCUCAAAGUAACGGAGAGAUCUUGGCCAUUGGUUUCAAGUGAAAUGGUUAGUGUAGGAACUCCUAGAAUCAACUUUUUAUUCAUCAUGGCGAUUUUAUAUUAUUUUUUUCCAGGAGGUCCAACAGCUGACCACAGUGCCUGAACUAGAACUUUUUCUCCUGGAACACGGAGAAGAAGUAAUUGAUAUGUUGGGUCAACAAGUAGACAGAAUUGAGAAAAAUAUUAAGGUAAAGUACGUCUUGACCAAAGAGAUGGUGACUUAGUUCUAGCCUGUGAACUUGCAAAGAGUGCGUGCGAACAGCAAGUGAGGUGCUUACACUGUUCUACCAAUGUGGAUUAACCUUGUUUUCCUUUCUCUUUUAGAAAAGAAAUCCCGAAGUGCGUCAUGUUGAUUUGGAGAUUCUUUGAAGAAACGUGUUCCUUAUCAGUUGACCACGAAGGAUUUUCAAGCUCUUUGCUGUACAGUUUCCUUGACUCAAGCUUGUCAGGGAUAAAUUGAUGGAAAAUUAAUCCUGACAAUUUAUUCAUCCCUACUUAAGUGAGGACUUAUCGUGAUCACACUAGAGACGAUGUGUUACGACCAGCAGACACACACAUAGCCGGAAAAAAAGUCUUACCUCUCCCAUAAUUUUCAUUAUAAAAUGAAUUGGAGGGCUCAUAAUUUACUCAGAGACGUUUCCCAGUAUGGAUAAAAACUACUCGAGUUGAAAUCUGCAGUUUUGCGAGGCACGACGGUUGAUGUGGAAGGCUUGUGAAUGUCUCUGUUAGGACAAUCCUCGAUGAGAUUCAAAAGUGGCAGCAUCAAAUGCCGUUUUAGUUUCGCGUUCUCGAAUAAUCAAGGACAUUAGCGGUUUGAAGAUAGUUGCCAUCUUAGUCGCUAAUUACCUUAUCUAUCGUUUGAAUUUAAUUAAAUUUAAUAGGAUAAUAAGAAUAAUGCUAAAUUUUUGGUGGCCUCUGAUCCCCUUACAUUUAAUAGUGUUGAUAUAAAGAGGCCACAGAGUCAAUCAAUCUGCAAUCACACGACAUAAAUUGUAACUCAAGUUACUAUAGACUAAACUUUCACAUUCCUCGUUCUUGUGCAAAUUUCUUGAUAUUCGUUUGUUCGAACUUUAAGGUGAUUCUUAGUCCCCCAAACUUCUUUUCCCUGAACGAGUUUAUCAUAUUUAUUACAUCCAUUUUGAAAUCACUGGUGGUCCCUGUAAUCUGAUUGGCUCAAAUAGGUGCGAUUUAUUUACAAAUCGCACCAUUUUUUGCUUUUAAAUCACAUCUUUUUCCCAGCCAAUGAGGAGGCUACACUAAAAACAAAACAACCAAUCAGAUUUCAAGGCUUGUUUAAAGUAACCAUUCAAACAUAAACUGCAGUAAAAUUAAAAACAAAGACAAAGAGUAUCAUGUGGCAAAUUUUGUAACUUUUGUUUCCAAAACUGCUGUUUCCCCCCCCCCCCAAAAAAAAAAAAAAAAAAAAAAUUGGAUGAAUUUAAUUUCAAACCGGCUCAGUAC